AUGUCUACUCAAACAAUCACGAAAGAGGCUGCAAUUUCCAGAACAUAUUCUAGAGUUCUAACGAAAAAGCAAGAAGAGAACGGGAAAGCUCUUCCUCGGCCAACCGGGUUCGACAAUAUUGCCAUCGGACCCAAGUUCAAAGGAAUCCCCGAUUUUGGGGACGACUUGCUCCAGAAACGACAAUGGCAGUUGGAACACAUGGCUGCGGCCUUCCGAGUGUUCGCACGUCGAGAAUAUCGUGAAGGGACGAGUGGGCAUAUCAGCGUCAGAGAUCCGAUUGAUAGGGACACGUUCUGGAUUAAUCCACUCGGAAUCCACUUCGCCAUGCUCAAAGCCAGCGACAUGGUCCAGCUUUCCGAGACGGGAGAGAUCGUCGGCGGUAACAAUGCCGCUGUCAACGCGGCAAGUUAUCAAAUCCAUCGUGCCAUCCAUGCUGCACGACCUGACGUCCACGCCGCAUGCCAUACGCACAGCAAAUACGGCAAGGCAUGGUCAACUUUUGGGAUACCGCUAGACAUCAUCAAUCAGGAUACUACGCUCUUUCAUGGUGAUCGACAGAUUGUAUAUGAUGAAUUCGGUGGCGUCGUGCUUGAGUCGAGUGAAGGCGAGCGUAUUGCUGCCGCCUUAGGCGAUAUGGCUUGGGUCUGUGUCCUACAGAAUCAUGGCUUGUUAACAUGUGGGAGGACCGUCGAUGAGGCAGCAGACCUAUUUAAUUUAAUGGAGAGGGCGUGCGAAGUGCAGCUUUUGGUCGAGGCGACAGGGAUGGAAAAGACGCUGAUCCGGUACAUUGUCUGCUUGCAAACCCCAAUUUUUGGAGCCAUAGACGCCGAAUAA